AUGUCCUCCGCUAAGCCCACGGGCCCCGAACUUCACACGGCCAUCAAUCUGCUAAUCAAUAACCUGGUCAACAUCAAAGAUGAGACAGGAAAUUUUUUAAUGCCGCUCGCUGAUGGUCGCAUCAUCGACACCAAGUCAUGGCACGGUUGGGAGUGGACACACGGAAUUGGACUGUACGGCGUGUGGAAAUACUAUGAGAUGACAGGCGACGAGAAAUUGUUGCGCAUCAUCGAAGAUUGGUUCGCAGCACGCUUUGCUGAAGGAGGCACUACCAAGAACAUCAACACGAUGGCGGCGUUUUUGACACUGGCAUAUGUCUACGAGAAGACCGGAAAUCCCACCUAUCUGCCGUGGCUCGAUGCCUGGGCUGAGUGGGCGAUGCACGACCUUCCGCGCACGCGCUACGGUGGCAUGCAGCACAUAACAUAUCUCACAGAGAACUACCAGCAGCUCUGGGACGACACUCUGAUGAUGACAGUCAUGCCGCUUGCAAAGAUCGGGAAGCUUCUGAACAGACCCCACUAUAUUGAAGAAGCAAAGAGGCAAUUCCUCAUCCACAUCAAGUAUCUCUUCGACGCGAAAAGCGGCCUCUGGUUCCACGGCUGGACUUUCGAGGAUGGUGGACACAAUUUUGCAAAUGCGCGCUGGGCGCGUGGUAACAGCUGGGUCACCAUUGUCAUCCCCGAGAUCAUCGAGUUGCUCGAGCUCCAGCCAAACGAUCCCAUUCGCCUGCACCUGAUUGAUACCCUAGAGGCGCAGUGUGAGGCUCUUCAGCGUCUGCAGUCGGAAUCUGGCGCGUGGCACACCCUACUUGACCAUCCAGACUCCUACCUGGAGGCUUCUGCGACCGCGGGAUUUGCCUAUGGCAUCCUCAAGGCGGCCCGGAAACGAUACAUUGGUGCCCAGUACCGACCCGUCGCUGAGAAAGCCAUCGCUGCGGUGUUGGGGUACGUGGAUGAACAGGGUGAACUGCAGAAUACCAGCUUUGGCACAGGGAUGGGUGAUUCUCUUGACUUUUACAAGAAGAUUCCAUUGACCUCGAUGCCUUAUGGACAGGCCAUGGCCAUCAUGGCUUUGGGUGAAGCGCUGCGUGAUCUGCUAUGA